AAAAUUAUUUUCUACUGACAUGUUUAUAAGAAACACAUGGGAUGUGAUUGUCUCCUCCCUCUCUGCUCACUCGAUCUCCCCCGCCCGCUGCCCACCCUCCCUCUCCGACUCUCUGAUACCAGUUCUCUACUCUAUCUGCUCUCUCCCGCAGCUGUCCCUCUCUCAGCGUAUUUUCCUUUGACCCAUCAAUAAAGAAAGAUGAGUGAUUACCUAUCAACAACGCUGCUUACAAAGAAGAAAGAGAUCGACUGCGUUAUCAGAGAUGCCAUCGACAAGGUCCUUGUCCUCCGCUUCGGCCGCGCCUCUGAUCCCGUUUGUCUCCAUCUCGAUGACAUUUUAUCGAAAUCAGCUCGUGAGGUUUCAAAAUUCGCAACAAUAGCCUUGGUAGACAUUGAUUCGGAGGAUGUUCAAGUUUAUGUCAACUAUUUUGACAUAACUUUGGUUCCUUCUACUGUUUUCUUCUUCAACGCUCAUCAUAUGAAAAUGGAUUCUGGGACUGCAGAUCACACUAAAUGGGUUGGUGCUUUUCACAGAAAACAAGAUUUUAUUGAUGUAGUUGAGGCCAUAUUCAGAGCAGCCAUGAAAGGCAAGCUGAUCGCGAAUUGCCCCCUGCCACCAGAGCGGAUACCAAAAUAUGAGUUGUUGUACAAAAACUUGUAAAGGUGGCCUCUUUAGGUCUUGUAUAAUUUCUAUACUCUUACUAUCCUGCCACUCUAGUGUUUUAACAGCCAGUGAAAUGCUGUCAAUGAUAGUAGGCUUUUAUCAUGGAAGGAUUUUUCUACUA